UGGUGCAGUCUGAUGCCAUCGAUGUCAAUACUACCAACUUCCGUGGCGAGAGUGCCCUCAUUGUUGCUACAAGGAUGGAAAAUGUUGACUAUGUGGAAGCACUGAUGAAGGCAGGAGCAAGGCCGGAUGCCAUGGAUGUCCGAGGGGACUACCGCUCUCAUGCAUGCGUGUCGGCUGGGUUUUGUGGACAUUGCCAAGCUCCUGCUGAAGCUGAAGGCCAGUGUGGAUGUGAAGGAUGCACGUGGGGACACAGCUCUACAGUUUGCCGUGUAUAGAGAGGAGGCUGAGUUAGUGGAUCUUCUACUUACUGGUGGCGCCGACCCAAACCACAUUCCUGAAGAUGGUUUCCCAGCACUGGUAGUUGCAGCUUACAGUGAUUCCUGGCAGAUCUUGGAAUUGCUGUUGAAGCAUGGUGCUGACAUUGCUGCCACCAACAGGCAUGGCUACACAGCCCUUCACAUUGCCGCCUGGAACGGUCAUGUCAACUCCGUCAACCUGCUGUUGAAACAAAGAGCUCCAUGUGAUACCAAGACAGCUGACCUGAACACCCCCCUCUCCCUUGCUGCUCAUGGCCGCCAUUCGGAGAUUAUCGAAAUACUGAUACCCCACGGUUGUGAUGUCAACAAUUCAGACAAGGAUCAAGAUACUCCACUACACUAUGCAUCCUACAACUCGGAUGUCAAUGCCGUUAGAAUCCUAGUCCGAAAUGGUGCCAAUCCUAAUGUGAGAAACCGAGUCAACGUGACCCCAUUAUGGAAUGCAACUUACUGUGGUAAUAAAGACAUUAUUAAACUUUUGCUGAGCAAGAAUGUAGAUAUGGAAGUGGAAAGUGUAGGCAUUAAUCAACACCAUCAGUCAGACGAUGUUCUCUACAUCUACGAACAGGUCAAGACGCCCCUGUGGGUCGCCGCUAAUCGUAAUUUUCCCGAGGUUGGCAUGUUGCUGAUUGCAGCAGGGUAUGACAUGUCCGCAGAGAACUGGAUCCUCACAGACGCAUUGCAAGGGGUCCCUGAAGAAGCAUUCCGAAGCCUCCUUCACUAUCAUAAAACCACGCCCUCAAGACUUGUCAAAAUAUGCCGACGAUAUUUGCGCCAAUAUUUUGGCAACAAUGUCACAACAUGUUCAAAUCAGCUAGAAAUUCCUGUUGUUCUGAAAAACUAUCUUCAACUCAAAGACCUUACAGAUGAAAAUUGAUGUGAUACUGGCCCUGUUAUUCGUGUUCAAAACUGAGAUAGUCUUUGCUGUGAUAAAACAAACUAGUAGUGCAAUUGUGAGGAAAUUCUGAAUGAAGCCAUGCUCUGCUGAUGUUGAAUGUGUAUCAAUUUUCCAUUUGUGAUGUUCCAAUAAUGUAUUCAUGCAAACCUGCUCAGUAGUCCGUGUGCUUGUAGGAAGUAGGUGUCGCAGGAUCUUCACACUUUCAUAUAUGGCUUAAAGGUAACCUACAAGAGAAGUGAUGGGAAAACAUCACCACACUUUUUGUUUGGCUCUGUAUACUUCCUAUCUUUCUGUCUUAUCUAAUACAUUGUCAGUACCGUUUGUGCUGUAUUCUCCAGCAUUUCUAUAAAAAAACACAUUUAAAAAAAAAAUUCCUACUACCAAAGAUGUACUUGAUAGCUAUACAUCUUAUGCUGCUACUUAAUUAUACUUAAAACAUGAUAAUGGAGGUGCUGUUCAAGAUUUAGUGUCUCCAUAGACAAUGGCUUCUUGAGGAAACACUUGUUUUGGAGAAUGUAUUAGGUAUUAUGUUAUAUGAUAUUUGCUAUGUAUUAAUGCAUAAUUAAAUCAGUGAAUUGUGUGUUAGUGGUCAACCUAUUCUUUCUCUCAGGCUUUUUCUGCAAGAUACACAUAUUUCAGAGAUUCAACUUGUAAAUGUUGCCAAGAAAACCUGGUUUGUUGAUACUGGUUUACUGUACUGGUUUACAGUACUGUCUUUACAUUUGUACUCCCCUGAAUCAUGUCAGGGAUGUCUCAGACAUGUCAGUUUGCUGUACAGAGGUGGGUCUUGGUGGAUUUACUGAAAUACUGUUCAAAUUACAAUAAACCCCAAUUCACUCACCCUAAAUACAUCUGAGGAUGCCUAGUGAUUAAGUUGACUUGUCAGCUCUUAGAGCAUUUCCCUUGUGUGGUGGAAGUGGGCACUAUAUAAAUACUCUCAGGGGUGGAAAUAACUUUAAAAUUGCUAAUGUACUAGGGUAAAGUAGCACAUGUAAAAUAACUUGCCCUGAUAAUUUUUCCACUAUACUGGCUGAUUUUCUUGUUGAUUUUUUAAAUAAACAACAUAAUUAACAUUGGAAAGUCAACUGGACACCAGUACAGUGUGACAUACAAAUUUGCUUGCCCGACAGAAAAAAAUAUCGGACUGGGGCGUCAGGCAAUGGGUUAUUUCCACCCCUGACUCUUAUUAUUAGUAUUGGCAGGAACAAACCAGCUUUUGCACUGACUGUAGUUAAUCAUGUUGCUUAUCAUUGAAUUGCUUCCCAGCAACUGGUUGGCCAUGGCGACCUAAUGCAUCAGCUAGUCAGGUUGGCUGUAUGCCCUCGUACCUAGGUGUCAUGAAUCAUUGCUCAAAGCAUUGAUCACUGGAUUGUCUGGUCCAGACUCCAUUAUUUACGAUGGGGAUGUUGUACAUGCUGUGAUUGUUCAAUUUGUAUUGUCAUUCAGGCAUCAUCUGGGGUUUAGGUGCUGUGUACAGUGGACCCACCUUUCGUCUCCAUGUUGGUUUCUGACAGCAGUGGAAACAAUUUCAGGACAGUCGUUGUAUUAGCAUCUAGAGCAUGAUGAUUGUAUCACGUUUUCUGCAGUGGUUGUAUCAUCAGCACAGUGAUUGUAUUCGGUUCGGUACAACAGCUGUAUUGUGACCUCUACAACACAAAGAAUGUAUUCUGUUCAUUAUUUUGUUAUGUGUUUGUUAUAAAACACCAAGAUAGGAGAUAGAUUUCCUAGACGCCUGUGAUACCAUUAAUUUUCUUCAAAAUUAUACAGACUGGUUAUUUGUUGAAUGUCUGGGUUCCAAUUGUUGAAUAUUUUUCAGUGUAAAUGGCAGAGGUUGUUGAUCUGAGGAAUUAAUCAGUAUGUUAAUGUGCCUGAUAUACUUGAAGUGGACAAUCAUGGUGAAUAGAAGAAUCAAUUUUGAUGAAACGUAUCCACGGAAAGUUUGAUGAUUUAAUUUCUUCCACAUGUAACCUUACAAUUGUUCUGAUUGGAUACUAUUUUCUACACACAAGAGAUAGUUUUGACCCAGAAGUCCUAGUUUCAUUAUGUUUGAAAAUUAUCCAAGAGUUCUUGAGAGAAUUCUCACAGUAAAAUAUGCUUAAUGUAAAUGCUUCUGAUGAAUGCCAUUACAAAGGAGUUAGCUUGGAAAUGGUUCUGGUAACAAAGUUAGUACAAGAUGUGUGUGUGCCAUCACUGCUUACCAUUACUUAUUCUUACAUUUACCUAAUCAAAACAUUUGUGUUUGUAUUGUUUGGAGAAAUGAUUUAUGAUACAGUGUAGAAGCUAACACCAUUGUGUCCAUCUUCGGUGCAUUUAACAUACGGGGGUCUCGGAGUAGAAGCUUGGCCUCUGCAUAAUCCUCAUACAUGAUCACUUUGUGGUUUUGUUGAACCUGAGCUAACUUGAGUUUACAUACGGUAGGUAACCUCAACUUCUAAGCAACAGUGUUUGACUGUAUUUCCUAACAAAAAACUGACAAUUGAAAUACUCCAUGGAACUUGUGCAGUGUGAGCGGUCAUACUUGUAAUGGAUGGGCGUAGUGCCUUUGAGCUGAAAUGUUUGUUUAUGAAAGCGUAGAAGAUGAAUAUUGAGACCCUAAGGAUGUACAUUAUGAACAUAUGUGCAGUGCAGUAAUAAAUACUCUUUGGGAAUUUAUGCUUCAGCUUCAUUAUUGAGAUCUAAUGAUGGCCGAAGUGUUUCUCCAGGAGCCUUCUAAUUGGUUCCGGUUAGAGGAUUUGAAAAUAGGCUUCGGGCUGGAGCAUGAACAUGGUGUUAUAUUUGUCUGCUGUACUCUUUGUUUUGUUAUGAGCAGUGAGUACAACAAAUAUAUACUAGUAUGUUAGCACAUUAGCAUUGGUCGGAACCUUGUCAAGUAGUUUCUUUCAGCUUCACUCUAUUAUACAGAAAACAUGUACCUUACCUCGAUUUGUGCCGUCUCCUGCACUGGCUCCAUGUUUCCCUGUGAUGCAUUGACCAUUAGCCUCCAGUAUUAAAAUACUGUACUGUCAAGACCUUGCAUUUAUGAUCCAUUAUGGCAAAUCCACAAGCACCCAUGAAGGAUAGUUUUCAGAAAGAAACCAUGACUGGGCUUUGUUAAACCCUCCAAUACUAAUAUACACAUAAAGGCAGCACAAAUCACCCCAGAUAAGGCAUCAUGGCUGCAGUUUGAAAUUGUAUUUUCUGUUACUAAUUGGGUUUAGUAGUUUUGAUAAUGUUGUUUUCUCCAUCUACAAAUUAUACCUGGUUUAAGACAUGAAAGUGAAAAAGUUUUGCUCAUCUUGUUUGUGUUUAUGUCUGCUGUCACUGCCUGUCUGCCAUUUUGGAUUUUGUAUCAUUCGUCUUUUGGUGUCUGCUUGUUUAACAAUAAAUAUAUUUUGUGGGUUUAUGAUCAAAUAAACUUUGUUAUGUAAAA